AUGGCUGAGGGAAGCACAGUGACUGACCCAGAGCAGCUCCUGAGGAGGGUUCAGGAGCUGGAGGAGGAGGUGAAGCAGCUGCAGGAGAAGCUGCAAGAGAACAACAAAGGUGCUGGAAGGAAGGAGGCUCCUUCGGCCACCAGCAAAGCCAAGAAACGCCAACAACGACCCUUUGAUUUUGGUGCCUAUGGCCGCAGGCACGUGGCACUGAAGGUGGCCUACCUGGGUUGGGGCUACCAGGGCUUCGCCAGCCAGGACAACACCAGCAACACCAUUGAGGAGAAGCUCUUUGAAGCUUUGAAGAAGACACGGCUGGUGGAUGACAGGCAGAGCUCCAACUAUCACCGCUGUGGGCGGACUGACAAAGGAGUCAGUGCUUUUGGACAGGUGAUUUCCCUGGAUCUCCGCUCCAACCUGCCCGAAGGGAAGCAGCUCAACGGGCAGGAGGAGCUGCGUUACACCCACAUUCUGAACAGGGUGCUGCCCUCUGACAUCCGGGCGCUGGCCUGGGCCCCUGUGGAGCCCCAUUUCAGCGCUCGCUUCAGCUGCCUGAGGAGGACCUACCGCUACUUCUUCCCCUGCGCCGACCUGGACGUGGCCCUCAUGCAUGCGGCAGCCCAGAGGUAUGUGGGGACCCACGAUUUCCGGAAUUUGUGUAAAAUGGACGUCGCCAAUGGGGUGGUCAACUUCCAGAGGACGAUCACGAGUGCUGCAGUGACAUGGGUGAAGGAGGGAGGAGAAGCUGGGCUUCAGGAUCCCUUCCGGCUGUGCCAGUUUGAGGUGACAGGACAGGCGUUCCUCUACCACCAAGUCCGCUGCAUGAUGGCCAUUCUCUUCCUCAUCGGCCAGAGGAUGGAGAGCCCAGAGAUCAUUGAUGAGCUGCUGGAUGUGGAGAAGAACCCCCAGAAACCACAGUACAGCAUGGCAGUUGAGUUUCCCCUCGUCCUGUACGACUGUGAGUUUGAAAACCUUCAGUGGCUUUAUGACCAAGAAGUGCAGGAGUUCAACAUUACUCACCUGCAGCAGCUCUGGGCCAACCAGGCAGUGAAAACUCAAGUGCUACGGAACAUGUUACAAGGCCUGGACACUGCUCCUGUGGCUACUGGAAAAAGCCCAGGGAACAGCACAACCAUCCCCUGGGGAGAUGUGAAGCCUCCACUCCACAGCCAGGCUAGUGGCUUUGUGGAGGGCGUCAAAGCCCGCACCUACAAACCGUUGCUGUCCCGCCCCAAGUGCGAGGGGCUGGAGGCCCGGAUCCGCCACUUUGUGCAGAGGGGCCGCAUCGACACCCCCCAGGGGCUGGGGCUGGAGGGGGACAGCGAGGAGCAGCCCCUCAACAGCAAGAGGAACUAUUGCCACAAUGUCCCAGGGAGCAGCAGGGACACUGAGCAGCCUCCCAAGCGGGUCUGCAAAAACAUGGAGUGA